UCCCCACCUCCUCAUCACCUCACAACAAUGUCACCACAGCUCCAAAGCUGCCAUCAGAAAGGUUCAGAUAUCGAUGCUGCCACUGCUAUGAUGUUGCUGAAUUCAUCUGCAGAACAAAGACUUCCUCCGUGUGAGCCAUCUCAGCAAAAAAGUCCACCAAUGAGCCGAAAACGAAGUUACAAACGUGCAUUUUUGAAGCCUGCUCCCACUUUGGUGAAAAUAACUGAAGCCACGUGCAGAACAAGGGAGUGUGUGGAAACUUCUCCAUUGCAGAAAGACAGCAAGAGUUUGUCUGGUUUACCAGUCAUCAAUAAUGAUCCUAAAGAAGAACACAAUUACAGUGCUAAUGGUACUGUGUCUCAACGCAGCGAGUCUAGGUCUAGUGUUUCAUCCUUAUCCUCUGGGGAGGAAUCCUAUGAAUUCAUUUCGAAAGCUAGUCGAGGCGGGAGUGAUGGAAGUGAAGGCUUCCACAGCGAUGAAGAGUCUGAGGUAGAUGACUGUGAGAAUGAGUCCAAUGACUUGUUUAGUGCCAAUGCCUACAAAUCUGAGCAAUGUGGAAAGGAUUCUGCUACCGUGUUACGGUUGGCUGGAAAAAGCUGCAAAACAAUGCAACAAGAAGUUGAUGAAGAGCUAAAAGAAGCCGCUGGUUCACUUUUGCACCUUGCUGGAAUCCAUAUGUGCCUGGACUCUUUAGUCAGUAAACCAGGAAAAAGCAGGAAUGGGAAACAUAAUGUGAAAUAGCAUGCUUCCCCUCUCAUCUGCCAUUGUGUGUCAUUUGGCAAUAUUCUUCAAUGGAGUUCCUUCUCAAAAGGAAGAUAAAAGCCAUACGAAGACUGAAGUGUUUGCCCUUCGAUAUUAACUGCCAUUUAUUUGCACCUUUCUGAGACAAGAAGUUCUCUAUAGGUUGUAUCAGUUCUUUUAAAAGUGAACUUCGCAGGAACUAACACAUGCAAUGGAUCAGCCUGUAUGCUGAAGUAGUUCUUCAGGCUGUUCUAUUGGUUAAAAUUUCAAACAGUUGAAAAGUGAAAAAAGCUUUCCCUGAAAAUAAUUAAAGUGUUCAGGGUUGAAAAGGGGUGGUGGGGAUUGGCAAUAUUUUAGACAUCUUGAAGAUCAUACAAUGAAUUUUUCAACCUGUGAGUGAUAUUUAAAAAGUUGACAUCCUUUCACUUUUUCCCUUUCUUGAAUAUGGUUUCCUUCAUUUUCAGAAAACCUUGAAUGUCAUUAAUGGUACGUCAAUGUUCCUAGAUUGAUUAAUUCUCUCAGGUGUUUGGGCACAGUUCCUCUAAGCACCAUCUCUCAUGCACAGGCUGGCUCAAGUAACUCAUUGACUGUGUGGGAUAUUGCAGAAAGGCAAUUUAAUCCUUCAUGAUGUCCAAAUGCACGCAUUUUUCAAUAUGGGUCGUUAACAGUUCAUCAGAUAUUUUAACGUAUCGGAAAGUUUGUGUAUUUUUCCCUCCUCGCAAUAAAGGUAAUUAUAAUGCCUUGUAACUGCUCCCCAGGCUAAAUUGGUGGAGGCUGUGAGAAGGUUGCACUUUACAUUGGAAAGAAUGAGAAAAAAAGAGAAAAAUGAAGUUCACUUUGCUAUGCAGUUUUUAUAAAAGUUUUUUUUAAAGUUCAUCACCAAUGUUUGUGCUUCCAUGAUAUUUGGAGAACUCUGGCUAUUUUCAGAAAUUAUAGAUUGACAAAAAAAGUAACUGUAUAAAUGUAAUUGUUCAAACAGAAGCCACAAUUGAUUAUAUUAAACUGGAAAUAUUGUAAACCUUAAACCACCUUCCUGGGAGUCAUGUGAUAGGACAGGCCUGCAGUGAUUAUUACAACAGUACUGUAGUGGUAACAUCAAAGAGGAUUGGAUUAUCAUUAUGUAAGCAAGCAAUACAUCCAAAUGUCACUGAGCAUUCCAAUUUAGAAUUAAAAUCAGAAUGCAACAGAAAGUCACCAUGCUAUUUUUAAUCCAACAAAUCAUAGAAAAUAACAUGUUGAAUGAAGUACAUUGCUGUUGAUUAGUGGACUCAAGUUGAUGGUUGUGCUCGUGACUUAUAACCUCUUUUGAAUCCAUUGGUGAGGACAAGACCUUUGUAACAUAUUUAAAUGUGCUUUUUUUUUGUUAGCUAUGUUCUUAUGUGAAUCUGUUGAAUCCAUUUCCAGCUGUAGGAAAUUGAUGGAAAGGUUGUCGGCUGCCAGAAGUAGUGUGAAAUCAAUAGAAUUCUCACCAGAACUUGCUUUCCCUCACCACAAUGGGAAAUCCCCAAUAAGAAAAAUGAACUUUUGUGGUAGUUUUUUAACACUGUGCCCUACCUUUUUUUUUGCACAGUUCUUAAAUUUUAAUCUUUUGAUUUGGCAAUUUAGCAAUUAUGAGUCCAGAAACACCACACAAUUGCGAUUAUGGUAUUAUAAUCUAGUUGAAAUAUUUUCAUGGACACUGUUCAAUAAGUCCUACUCAUUGGCAAUGGUUUCAGAAUCAUCUCUUUUUUUUCAUGCAGUAGGGUGGGCUUGCAAUUGGAUGCAUUCAUUUCCUUCACUUGGCUAAUUAUAUUGUGAUUUGCUGAAAUACUGUUAGUCUACUGUACUGGAAGCUCACUAGAACCAUGUGCAGAAGAUUUUGAUGCAGCUAUGAUAGUAAAACUUUCAUGGUAAUACGUUUGUUCCCACUUUACAAAGCAGGAUCUCCAUUCAAAACAUCCAAAUAUAAAUCAAGUGGUAUACUUUUCCAGUUAGGGGGAAAAGCUUAACCUACCCCUCAGUGAGAACCUGCUGGGUGUGCAUAGUUGGCCAUUUAAACCUUCAGCUGUAUUAGGACAUUCUUGCUAACUACUACUAUAACUGAUCACUGCAGUUUGGUACAUGAGGUAUUCACUGAAAAUAGUAUGUGAAUUACAUCAAUUCAAAUCCCUGAUUAAAUUUAAUUUGAUCUUGAAAAGGUAUGUAAACUGCACUUUUCCACCAUGCAUGAUUCUGAUCAGCAGUGGUUUGAUGGCACUCAAAUUAAGCUAAGUCUGCUUCUUUGAUACCCCACAAAGAAAAUUGCAGACUUUCCUACUUGAGACUCCACCUGACUCCCUGCUUGCCAACUAGCCCAUCUCUACUCCUGGAUGCCCAAGUGCCACCUGCCAAGUGGGUACCACUUUUUACCUAUUUCAAAUGGGCAGCUGUUUGGGGAAGUAUUCUACAAGCCUGAAAUUCAGGCCUAUGACUGUAGUUAUCACUCACUUUUCUAGUCCACUUAAUUCUUUGGGAAUUAAAAUCAAAUUCCAAAAUAGGCAGAACUUCCAGAUGUUGUGGGUCUAUGUUGUGGAAUCUUGCAAGUCCAAAAUUCAGGGUAUUUGUUGUGUCGGUGCUUUCCAUGAAAUCAACUAUAUUUCUGUAAGUGAACCGUGUAAUUCUGGAUGCCUGGUUAUUAACUUUGAGAAGCAUGUAACUUGUUAACAUCUGCUAAUUUGUGCCACUGUUAUAAGGAUUCUUCUGCCCUUUGUAAGAUUCAUAUUUUACUCCUUUGAUUUUUCUUAUUCCAGAGAUUUCUGGAAGCCUAAUAAGCACUGUAUUUUCAGGUAGCAAAACAGGUAUAAUGCACAAUUUAUUUUCAUGUAACUAAGCACAGGGCAGCUGACACAAAUUAAUCUGCUUCUCACUUGUUAUGUAGCAGUAUACAAGUUAUAAUAUGAAUGUACAGGUGAGGAUGGGCUAUUUGCCAAUACCAGGGAAUGAUGCCCUUUCUGAAUAAAUUUUUUUCUCUUUCAAAACUAUGUAUAUUUUUUAAAAAUUGCAUUCUUAUAUCAGCAUAUCAUGGUUUUUUUCCACUUAAAUUUGUAGUUUAUUUGUAGUUUCAUACUGACAUGCUCCCAGGAAAGGAAAUGAGGUCUUAUAAGGUAAUUAAAAUUUAAGACCAGUAUAGGUACACUCUGUACCAAGGGAGAGAAAGGGUAGAGCAUUUUCUUCAUUUCUAUGUUAUGGAAUGUUGCAUCAUUAAUCCAAACUGCUUUGGUAAGAGUCAUUUCCUGUCAAUAAUCUGCUUGCCAGAUUCUGAGUUGCUCAGCAGUGUUUCCAUGUUUUUCAAAACAAAUCCAGUAAGUUAUGCUGAUAAUAAGGUCAUGCCUCGCGCAAUGUUUAAUUUAAGCAAAUAACCAACUAACACUAGUUAUUUGCAAACCAACACACCUUUGAACAAUAGCCAGGAGGGUUGCCAGUUUGACUUAGUUUCCUGAGUUAAGGUCUUUUUCUAACUCUAACUUGUACUUGAAUGGAGAGAGAAGUUAGGUGGCAAGUUACCAUAGACAGACUUUUAUUUUCACAUGAAUUGCACUUCCUAUGGUCUGCAUGCUAGUACCAUCUUCUAAAGUAAACAGUUCCUUGAAUUUUUUUUUCUUGAAUUAUAAAGGGACAUGGCAGCAAUCUUCCUAAACUUAAAAAGAAAUGCAUCCUGUACACUGAAAUGCAGUUGCACAACUCCCUAACCAUUGUCGUUAUCCUUGUCUCAACUGCAACAGCAAUUGAAUGUUAAUGCCAAUAGCCAAUAAAUAAUCUAUAAGUUGAGUUUGAUGUGCAGAAACUUAUCAAGUGAGAAUGUCCAUAUUAAUUGGUAAAUUCAUGUUAGUAUAUUUUAUGCUGGUUUGGUAUAGAAAACAAACACUAUUCCUGUUGGAACAAUGUUACCUACCUAAAACUUUAGACUUGGCAGAUUGCCAAGCUUUGCGCCCAAAUUUAUUCCAUUGAUUAGUACAAUGCUUUUUCAGCACACAAAUGGCAAACUCACUAUUGCUUGGCUGGAUAGAUGCCUUACCUGGUACACAAUCAUGUAUACAAAUAAUUGCUACUGCACACUGAAUAGUGGCCAAAUGAAUAAAUUUUCUGAAGCAAAAUUAUCUGAACUAAAUUCUUAACUGCUCUCUUGCAUUUGUAUUAAUUGAAUAAAAAUAAUAAAUGUAAAUAAUGUUUUUAAAAUAUUUAAACCACCUCAAUUUUUAAAAUAGCUGAUGCAGUGAAUAAAAUGGUGCUAGUUCAACAACAGCAUUUCGGGUAAUAGUUAGCUUUUUGUUACCAGUUAGUCAAUUUGGAAUCUCAAACUAAUUAUUUAUUAAUUAUAAAGAUGUAUUACUUUGUUAUCUCAUUAGAACAUAGAAUAUUCUAUUUGUUGCUGUUGAGGCAGUACAGCUACUGAUUUCUUUCUCUGAUUUGGCUUUUUAAUAUAUGCUCACUGUCCACUACCUCACCCAGGCAGAUAACCAUGUAUGAACAAUAAUAGAUCAUGGACUGAAACUGGAGCAAUCCUUCCUGGGUUGUAAUAUACUGUUGUACCGAGCAGUGAUUUCACCAAAUGAGCCAGCAAAGAAAGCCAAAAAAGGGAAGAGGAAACAUGGUUUUGACAAUUUUCUUUUUCUCAUCCCCUCCAAAGCCAAUGACUAACGAUUGUUUCUUUAGGUUAGAAUUCCAAAACCUUGCUUAACAAUUUUGAUCCUCUCAGCACCAGAUCUGCACAUUACAGUAGGCUAAGGCUCAAGGUGGUAAUAGGAAGGUGAACCAUAACUUUUUUUUAAACAUAGAAUACAGGCACUGAUGCCGAUUCCAGCUGAGAUCAGUUAAUUCACUACAACUUAAUUAUAUGCUGUUUUCAUGAACCACUGAGGCAGCAAUAAAGUAAUUUCUACUACCUUUACUUAGCAGGCAUUCCCUCGAGAGGAACUUAUUUUACUUGCAUCUAAAUUUCAAUAUGUGUAAUGCAGAAUGCAAUACUCUUGGCACUUAGAAAGCCAGUUGAUCUACUUGAGGACAGAAGAAAAUAUUCAAAUUUGAUUUUUCUAUACUGCAAAUCCAAGUUUGUACAUCUCUAUCAUUAGAUCUAUGGUGUGCAACCUAUGCUGAAAAUUCACACAGAUAAUGCUUGAGAGUAGUAGAACUGGUCAACUUCUUUCUAAACCAGUGUUGGAGAUGGCCAUACCCUCUACUGUUAUUAUAGCAAAUGAAUUGCAUUGUUGAGAUGUAUGCAAAUUAGCUACAAUGUUAAAAAUGGGAUUGCUAUUAUAUAACAUGGAAAAGUAUCAAUAUUUCUUGUCCCGACUUCAGAAGUCCAACAUUCAAUUGACCAUGGAUAGAGGAGUAUGUAUGUGAAAUGUAGACCAAUUUCCUUUUCUCAACUUAAAUGGGCAGUUCAUGCUAUGGAAGCAUCAGUCUUUAUUUACAAUGCAGAAAGUAUGAUUCUUCAUGUAUGAGCCCACACAACAAAUGUUGUUGCUAUCGAAAAGAGAUGAUAUCACACUUAAGAGUUCAUGUGCCCCAAAACAGCUAUAUUUACUUAGUUACCUGGAAAGGAAACUGUCCUCUAGCUGCAGUCAUACCUAGCAGAAAGGAAAACUUUUAUGGGUUGUUGGAGGUUAGUAACUUCACCAAGAAUUCUUCGGGACAAUGCACAAAGCCCAACAUCUUCAGCUAGGGUCAGAAGUGGAAAUAUCUGUGAUGACUGAAGUGGUCAAUUUCAUUUGCAAUUUGCCAUAAGGGGAGAUGGUAAUAUUUAUGAACUAGUAAUGCAGAACCCUUGGCUCAAGUUCUGAGGACAUGGGUUUGAAUCAUCCCUGGUAAAUGGUGAAAUCUGGACUCAAUAAAAGCUAGUUUAACUGUAACCAAUGUAACCAUGUAACAAAUGCCAAUUGUUGUGAAGACCCACUAAUGGUUACUAAUGUUUUUUUAAGGAAGUGAGUUGAUCAUCUGUACCUGAUCUGGCCUACAUGUAAACUCGACUAAUAUUCCUUCUAAGCUGUGUGGUCAUGCAGUUGCUGGGCGAUUUCACACCCGCCGACACAAUGGCUUCUGCUUUCUGAAGCCGUUGCCAUGCUCAGCACUGAGGUCCAUGCAGCAAUUAACUACUAGUUGGAAUAUUGCUCUAAACCCACAGCUAUGUGAAACAGUUCCAUUGUCCUCCAGGCAAAUCAAUGUUGGCCUAGCGAAUUACGGCUAUAUUUCACAAAUAAAUAAAAAUAAUGAAGCUGCCUGUGUCUGCAUGGAACAAAUUCUAGACAACAUGCAGGCCUCGGCUAAGUGCCAAAUAACAUUUGUGCCACGUAAGUGCCAGGCAAUGACUAUCUCCAAGUUUUUAACUACCUCCUGACAUUGUGAAAGCUCCUAUCAUCAAUAUCAGAGAGUUGUCAUCAUUGACCAGAAUGAGAGGAGGCACGUAACUGCUGUUGAUACAAAAGCAAGUCAGAAACUAGAUAUUCUACAGCAAGUCUGUCACCUCCCAAAGACACCUACAAGGCAUAAGUCAGGAAUGUAAAGAAAUACUCGACACUUAUAUGGAUGAGUUAAAUUCCAACAACAUUCCAGCAAGUUGAUAUCAUCCACGACCAGGUUGCCCAAUAACACCCAUCCAGUAUCUUAAACACUCGCUUGCUGGCCAAUACCCUGGAACUCCCUACGUAACAGCAGAAGGGACAUUUUCACUAUAAGAGGACUGCAGCAAUUCAAAACAUAAGUUUACUACCACUUCCUUGAGGGCAUUUAGGAAUAGACAAUAAAUGUUAGCCUUGAAAACAAUAUCCAUUGGCAAUGGAUAAAUGCUUUUCUAAAAUCAGCUAUUGUGACCAUGACUCUCUUCACUCCUCCUCCUAUUAUCAUGCUUCCAGCGCUCCAGCCAAGUACUGUGGACAGGUCUAAGGCUUUCGUUCUUGCCUUUCAAGUAAUUCACAGGAUUGUACAUUAGUUUACCCAAGAGAAUGCCUAAAUUAUGAACCGCCUCCUUUAAAAAUAAAAGUACGUCUGGGGGUGUAAAUCCACAGAUUUACAUAGAUUGUGAAUUUUGGUACACAGUUUCUAAUUGUGUGGUUAACACCUCUUUCAAUCAUUGUAUAUUUUAGAGUGGAUUAAGAGCCAUGAAACCUCUUCUAACAAUACUAGCAAUUAAGAAGUAAUAUUAGACAAAGUUAAUGCAUUUUAUGUUGGUGAUUUCACUGAGCAAAGGUCUGAGGAGUAGAAGUUUUAUUGUUUAUCUCAAGGUGGUUCAUAAUGUUAUACAUGUUUUUACUACUUAAACUGGUAGUGGCAUUCUGCCUGAGCUUACAUUAUGUAAUUUCCAUUUUGUUCCACUGCUGUACUGCAUGUAUGCCUGAAUGGUGCUCGGGUAGUUGUAGAUUAAUGAAACACUUUAAAAUAAACUGAUGGUGAAACAAACUGAUACUGAAGAUGAAAACAAAAUUGUACAGAUGCAAAAUGCAAUGAUUCCUAGGUUACUUCACAUAAUUUCUAACCAAAAAAGUGACACGCUAAGUAGUUCAAAUGCCAAUAGAACUAGUGAUUUUUU